UCCCGCGCCUCACACACUCUCCACUCCACUCGAUCCCCGCUCUCCUCUCCUCCUCCAUGGACAACCACCUCCGAAAGGCACCCCACCGGUCGUGGAAGAAGGGCCCCGCCCGCUGCAAAGGUGGCCCCCAGAACGCCUCCUGCCAAUACCGCGGAGUACGGCAGCGGACGUGGGGCAAGUGGGUGGCCGAGAUCCGGGAGCCCAGGAAGCGGACCCGCCUCUGGCUCGGCUCCUUCCCCACCGCCGAGGAGGCGGCUUUGGCCUACGACGAGGCUGCCCGCCGCCUCUACGGCCCCGACGCCUACCUCAACCUUCCCCACCUCCGCGCCCACGGCGGCAAGCCCCCCGUAAGGUUCGAGUGGUUUCCCUCCGAGAGGGACGCGUCCGUGAUGCCCGCCUGCGGCCUCCUCAACCUCAACGCCCAGCACAACAUCCACGCCAUCCACCAGAGGCUUCAAGAGCUCAACAACCCCAAGCCGCCGCCGCCUCGUUGUUCCUCUUCCUCCUCCGCCUUGCCUCCGAGCUCCGCUGUCGGAGCGGUGGAGAAGCCUCAGAUCGAUCUCAAGGAGUUCCUCCAGCAGCUGGGAGUGCUGAAGCCGGAGAGCAAGGCGACGCGGGAGGAGACGGAUGAAAUGGCCAUCGGAUUGCACCCGAGCGACGACUUCAACUGGGACACGCUGUUGAUGGAAGACGGCAGGUGGCAGCUCGACGACGAUGUGCAGCAGCAGCAAGCGGGCUAUCCUAUAUCCAUAUGGGACCUCUGAGACCCCACCGAGGAGUCGGCCGUUGGUUGCUCUAAUAUCAUAUUCUCAUGUGACUUUGAUAUCUUCUAC